AUGAUUAGAACCAGACCAAAAUCUAGCAUUUCAUCAUUAAAUAUUAACGAAGAUAAACUCCGAAAACUCCAAAAGGAAUUUUCUAAAUCCUUAUUAUUAUAAAUGUCAAAUCAGAAAUAUUUAAAUACAAUUUAUAAAAAAAUACAAAAUAUUUGAUUAGCUAACUAAGAGGCCAAAACCGAAUAAGGAUUUCUUCUAAAAAAGUUUCAAAAAGUGAAAGACAAAGUCCAGUCACCUCAAACUCCACAAACCAGUUACCAAAACCUUACGAAGUCUUACAAAACUAUUUAAAAAAGCGAAACACAGAAAACCAAGAGUUCAGUCCUUGCCACGAAGCCAAUACCUCUCGUAAAGGCUUCAUCUCAACCCCAAAACUCCACACAAAACCUGCACAUCGUCGAGUAUUUUCUGACCACUUCCCAGUCAGUCCUAACAUUCCAACUAAGCUAGAAGAAGCCGAAAAGCCAAGUUUUUUCCUCGAUUUCUCCCAAAAAAUCCCACCAAAAGUCGAGGUCAGAAAAAACUCAUAUUUUGAUUUAAAUUUAACCCCAAGAAAAAAAUCGCCAUUAAACACCUCAAAACACAAUUCCAUAAAUCUCUCAAGCUCCGAACUCCAAAACGAAGAAGAAAACAGAGAAAAACUCCUCCAAUACAUUUCCUCUUAUUACAAAAAGCAUUUAGAAGAGCCUACAUCCUCUUUAGAGUUUUAUCAAGUAGGCGAAAUGAUCGGUAAAGGCUCAUUUGGAAGAGUUAUGUUAGGCGUCCAUAGACUGACAGGCCACAAAGUUGCCCUCAAAGCUAUUGAAAAAAUCCAUAUGAAAAACGAAGACUCCAGACGUAAAGUUUUACAUGAAGUUUUAAUCCUGAAAAAAGUCCGCCAUAGCCGAGUCAACCGAAUUCUUGAGGUUUUUGAGUCCUCAAAAUUUUUUUAUAUAGUUAUGGAAUACGCAGGAGGUGGCGAUCUUCUUCAUUUUGUAAAAAGAAAAGGAAAAAUCUUGGAAGGCGAAGCUAAAAGGAUUUUCAGACAAAUUCUUGAAGGGGCUAUCGCAAUUCAUUCACAUGGGAUUAUUCAUAGAGAUUUUAAGCUUGAUAACAUUUUGAUUGAUUCUGAUUAUUCUUCAGUCAAAAUUUGUGACUUUGGGGUAAGCAGGUCAUUUAAACGAGGAGACAUGAUAUAUGAACAAUGUGGGACCCCUGCAUAUUUAGCUCCUGAAAUGAUUAUAGGAAGAGGCUAUGAAGGCCCUUCAGUCGAUAUCUGGAGUUUAGGCGUCCUUCUCUAUGCAAUGCUGUGUGGAACUGUCCCUUUUAAAGCUAAAAAUCUGAAUGAUCUGCAUAAAAUGAUUUUAUUAGGAAAAUAUGCAAUCCCAGAGUACAUGUCAGAUGAAGCUAAAGAUUUAAUUUCACUAUUUUUAAACCCAAUCCCACAAUACCGCAUUUCUUUAAAAGACGCAUUAGAGCACCGAUGGUUUUUCACUGAAGAUACAGAGCCAGAAGCUCCUCGGCCUCGAUUUUCUGACCUGCAGACAGACCGUGAUUUAGAAAAAAUUGACGAUUCUAUAGUUUCUCAAGUCGCCAAGUUUGGCUACCCUAAGAGUUAUAUAAUUAACUCCCUUAAAAACGGCGACCUCACACAUUCCACCGCAUCUUAUUAUAUUUUGCAAGACCAUGCAUUAAAGCUACAAGCUUUAAACCCAUGUGUAUAA